GCCGUUCGCGCGGCGCGAUUGUGAGGUUUAGUCCGGGCGAGCCUUGUGAGGUAAUUGGGCACGCCAGCCAGAGGAGACUGUGGCCGGGCCGCAAGCUGGGUGUGCUCAGGCUUUGAAAGAGAGAGAGAGAGAGGACAAAAACCAACCCGAGACGGCCAGCCAGCACCCGGGAGCUCUUUCAUUUGGGAGGUGGUGAAGCCGCAACGAGCACCAUUGAACACUUUGUCGACGUGGCGUUCGCCGAUUGAGGGCCUGCCUGAAGAUUCCGACCAUCCUGGUGGCGAAGACGUGAGCGAGCGUUGAGUGUUAGGACAGAAAUUUCCAGAUUGCUAAGUCUUCGUCGCUGGAAAUUUAGGAGAGAAGAAAAAAAAAAAAAAAAACCCACCUGGAAGACCGCGAAGAUGGAGCGGUAAUAGGCUCCCCAUUCAAGAACCAGCCACAUUUGAUUCAAAUCAUUGGAAUCGAGCGAUCGAAACUUAACCCCAGCAGCUCCUUCGGCUGCCAGUUUAUGACGUAAAGUUCUUUCCAAAAUAUUACAUCACAAUCAUUGAGAAUAUUCAAGUAUGCUUCAAGAAGAGGUCAAUUGCCAUUUAAGACAGCUCUGAGCAUUUUCAGUAGAUACUAGGUAGCCUUAAGGCGCACCACCUCAACCUUCCCUGGAAGAAAUCCCAGCAAAAAUCUGUAUUCUAAUCAAGUGUUAUUUCCCAGUUAGUGGGUGAAAGACUGGAGACCCCAUUGCCAUCAUGGCCUUCACAAAUUACAGCAGUCUGAAUCGAGCUCAGCUAACCUUUGAAUAUCUGCACACAAAUUCAACUACUCAUGAAUUCUUGUUUGGUGCUCUUGCUGAACUUGUUGACAAUGCAAGAGAUGCUGAUGCCACCAGAAUAGAUAUUUAUGCAGAAAGGCGAGAGGAUCUUCGAGGAGGAUUUAUGCUUUGCUUUUUGGAUGAUGGAGCAGGAAUGGAUCCAAGUGAUGCUGCCAGUGUGAUCCAGUUUGGGAAGUCGGCCAAACGCACGCCGGAGUCCACCCAGAUCGGGCAGUAUGGGAAUGGGCUAAAAUCGGGCUCAAUGCGCAUUGGGAAGGAUUUUAUCCUUUUCACCAAGAAGGAAGACACCAUGACCUGCCUCUUUCUGUCUCGUACCUUCCACGAAGAGGAAGGCAUUGAUGAAGUGAUCGUCCCAUUGCCCACCUGGAACUCGCGGACCCGGGAACCUGUCACAGAUAACGUGGAGAAGUUUGCCAUCGAGACAGAACUCAUCUACAAGUAUUCUCCCUUCCGCACUGAGGAGGAAGUGAUGUCCCAGUUCAUGAAGAUUCCUGGGGUCAGCGGAACACUGGUGAUCAUCUUCAAUCUCAAACUCAUGGAUAAUGGAGAGCCAGAGCUGGACAUCAUCUCCAACCCAAGAGAUAUCCAGAUGGCAGAGACCUCUCCAGAGGGCACGAAGCCAGAGCGGCGCUCGUUCCGUGCCUAUGCGGCUGUGCUCUACAUCGAUCCCCGGAUGAGGAUCUUCAUUCACGGACACAAGGUGCAGACCAAGAGGCUCUCCUGCUGCCUGUACAAGCCCAGGAUGUACAAGUACACGUCAAGCCGUUUCAAGACCCGUGCAGAGCAGGAGGUGAAGAAGGCAGAGCAUGUAGCUCGGAUUGCUGAAGAGAAGGCCCGGGAGGCAGAGAGCAAAGCUCGGACAUUAGAAGUGCGCCUGGGUGGAGACCUCACCCGGGACUCCAGGGUGAUGUUACGACAGGUCCAGAACACGGCCAUCACCCUGCGCAGAGAAGCCGAUGUCAAGAAGAGGAUCAAGGACGCCAAGCAGCGAGCACUGAAAGAACCUAAGGAGCUGAAUUUCGUUUUUGGGGUCAACAUUGAACACCGGUACCUGGACGGGAUGUUCAUCUACAACUGUAGCCGUCUGAUCAAGAUGUAUGAGAAAGUGGGGCCACAGCUGGAAGGGGGCAUGGCCUGCGGUGGGGUUGUGGGGGUCGUUGAUGUGCCCUAUCUGGUCCUGGAGCCCACACACAACAAGCAGGACUUUGCGGAUGCUAAGGAGUACCGACACCUGCUGCGGGCAAUGGGCGAGCACCUGGCGCAGUACUGGAAGGACAUUGCCGUUGCCCAACGAGGAAUCAUCAAGUUCUGGGAUGAGUUUGGCUACCUCUCUGCCAACUGGAACCAGCCCCCAUCCAGUGAGCUGCGUUACAAACGCCGGAGAGCCAUGGAAAUCCCGACCACCAUCCAGUGUGAUUUAUGUUUGAAGUGGAGGACCCUCCCCUUCCAGCUGAAUUCCGUGGAAAAAGAUUACCCUGACACCUGGGUUUGCUCCAUGAACCCUGAUCCUGAGCAAGACCGGUGUGAGGCUUCUGAGCAGAAGCAGAAGGUGCCCCUGGGGACUUUCAAAAAGGACCUGAAAACACAGGAGGAGAAGCAGAAGCAGCUGACGGAGAAAAUCCGCCAGCAGCAGGAGAAGCUGGAGGCCCUCCAGAAAACCACACCUAUCCGCUCCCAAGCUGACCUGAAGAAACUGCCCUUGGAAGUGACUACCAGACCUUCCACUGAGGAACCUGCGCGUAGACCUCAGCGCCCUCGGUCGCCCCCUUUACCUGCUGUGAUCAAGAAUGCUCCAAGCAGACCUCCAUCUCUGCAACAGCCCAGAGCAGCCGGCCAGCCCCGAAGGGCCCCUGUCGCCAGCAGCGCUCCGAAGCCUCCUGCUGUAGCAGCCCGGGAGGAGGCCAGUACAUCCAGGGUGUUCCAGCCACCGGAGGCACCUCGAAGGCCUACAAACACUCUGGCCAAGACCGCGCCCCGGCCUGCCCCUGUGGGGCAGCCACAGCCACCGUCUGCACUGCCCAACACGAAGACCCCUCGGGAAGUCCCUGCUCCCCGAGCUGUCAGGACUCCAGUGGUCAAGAAGCCAGAGCCACCCGCUAAACUGUCCUCGGCUACCCCUGGUCGGAAGCGCAGCCUUGGGGUUUCUGAUGAGGACGAAGCCGAGGAAGAGGCCGAGAGGAAGAAGGAGAGGUGCAAGCGGGGCAAAUUUGCAGUGAAGGAGGAAAAGAAGGACUCCAGUGAGCUCUCAGACAGUGCUGGGGAAGAGGACCCGGCUGACCUCAAGAGGGCUCAGAAAGAUAAAGGCCUACAUGUGGAGGUGCGUGUGAAUAGGGAGUGGUACACAGGCCGUGUCACAGCCGUGGAGGCAGGCAAACAUGCGGUGCGGUGGAAGGUGAAGUUUGACUACGUGCCCACAGACACAACACCGAGAGACCGCUGGGUAGAGAAAGGCAGUGAGGAUGUGCGACUGAUGAAGCCCCCUUCCCCCGAGUACCAGAGCCCCGACACACAGCAGUUGGGUGGGGAGGAAGAAGAGGUGGUGGUGGCCCAGCAGGCUGUAGCAGAGCCCUCUACUUCCGAGUGCAUCCGCAUUGAGCCCGACACCACGGCACCGAACACCAACCACGAGACCAUUGACCUGCUCGUCCAGAUCCUUAGGAAUUGUUUACGUUACUUCCUGCCUCCGAGUUUCCCCAUCUCUAAGAAGGAGCUGAGUGCUAUGAAUUCAGAUGAGCUGAUAUCUUUUCCUCUGAAAGAAUACUUCAAGCAGUAUGAGGUGGGGCUACAGAACCUGUGUCAUUCCUAUCAGAGCCGUGCUGAUUCGCGGGCCAAGGCCUCCGAGGAGAGCCUGCGCACCUCUGAGAGAAAGCUCCGGGAGACAGAGGAGAAGCUGCAGAAGCUGAGGACCAACAUCGUGGCACUCCUGCAAAAGGUGCAGGAGGACAUAGAUAUCAACACAGAUGACGAGCUGGAUGCCUACAUCGAAGACCUCAUCACCAAGGGGGACUAAAGGGCUGGGAGCCAGGCACCAGCUCCCCUACUUACCUGCCCCUCAACACAGCAGCUUCCUGGGGGUGGGGGUUGCAUUCUUGUAUUGGUGGACUUACCUUGGUUUGACUCAUAUGGGACAUUUGUGCUUUUGGAGGGAAAGUUACUCUUGAUUCUUUGAAUCUUCCUCCCUAAGUUUAUAAAUAUUUAUUUUUUAAAAGAAACAAGAUGCUGUGGCUGCUGUGAAACCAUACAUUUUUGGUGUGACUCUUGGGCAAAGAACAGAGAUUCUUGCCACUUUUGCCACACCAGGUUGCCAAGCCUGAGCUGUGUAAGCUUCUGGCACCUCAAGAUGGUGGUGAGGCCAGUGCCAACUUGAGGUUGGCGAGACUCCAAGGGCACGAGCCCCCAGGUUCUUCCUAGAGGACGCUGUAGUCAUCUAAGAGAUGGGGAGGCAGAGAACUCCCCAAAGCGGUGUUCCCCUUAGUGGCUCAGAAGCAGGAGACCCAUAGUGGGGCUGUGAUCAGAGCAGGUUCAGUGCUGGAGGGGCUCUCCCUCUUGCAGCUCCCCUGUCUCAGGGAAACGAGGGUUGAAGUCAGCCCAGGCAGCUGAGAGUUGUCUUGGCUUUGGCACUGUCCCAACAGCUUGGGGAAGAAAGAUCCUCCUUGUUCAAGCUCUCCAUCCACCACCCAAGGUGUCUGAAAGCAUGGUUUCCUUGGUUAAACCUUGGACAGUGGUUUCCUGCCUCAGUUAACCUGAGCCCAGAUUGAGGAACAGACACAUCCAACUCCGGGCAGAUGUCUGACCUGGGUAGCCCACUGAAUGAACUCCAAAGGAUUCCUCAGGGAAGGGGCUCGUGUGUCAAACAGCCCUGGUGCUGAGUUGGCAGAGGCCUCAGGUGCUGCUGCUUGACCUGGAGAGCGCUGCUGCUUUUCCUACUUUGCUCUGCUGGGCCCCACUGAGCUCCUUCACAGUCCGACCUCUGGAGCAGCCAGGAGGAGGGGGCCGGGAUCUUCCAGCCACAGGGACUCCAGAGGCAGCUCCACAGGAAGCACAUCGGGCCUGCCCUGUCCAGCCACAGCCCCAGAAGCUGUGUGUCUCAAGCAACUUCUCAGGGUCACAGACAAAGGCGAAACUUGCUGAGUUUUCACUUCACUGGCUACAGAAAUCUGGUUCCAUUUUCCCCAGCUCUUCCCAGUUCUACUUUGGGUUUUAUGAAGGCACAAGAACGAUGACCUUAGGCCAUUGGUCUGUGAUGCAUACCUCCUUGGGGGACUUUGCAGCGUCUACCUAUCUCGGGCCAGCUGAGGCCACCCUGCCACCCUCUGCAGUCUGCUGAAGCCUGGGAAGCAGAGGUGCGGGAUGCUGGCCCACUGCAGGUGGAGCCCAUUCCCCACUUGUGCAUGGGGCCAGAGCACUUGAGACUGGUGCUGUCUGGACUUUCCCAAACCACAACCCUGGGAGAGGGCUGUUUUGGGUAACACCACUGAGACAGACCCUGGUCUCUUCCUCUGGAUGAUUCUCCAAGUCUCGGUGUUUGUUGCAACCUGGCGAUUCUUGUCCCAUCUGGCAGUGCUCAUCCCUGGCAGUGUGUGGUCCAUUUUUGUCCCCAUACCUACUGUUCUAAUCUAAAAGGAAGUUGAUUUUGCCUUUUUAUCAGAGGGUAAUACUCACUUUUUAAAUUCAUACACAUGUAAUCAAAACUUCUGACUCCUGAAUGAAGUCUGUUUGCUUCUCAGUAAAAUAGAGCUCCUUCCUCCUCCUCCUCCUUUCUCCUACUGCGGCUUUAAGCCAUCUUGAAGGUUUUCCUCCUCUCCACCGUCUUCGUUGUUUUAUCUUCACCCUCCUUAACACUCACAGAAACGGGAAGACUGAAUUUCCUCAAUGUUUUCAGCUUCAACUGCUGGAUGUGCCUUGCUGCAUCAGUCCAACCACAGCUGGGCUGGAUGCACAGCCCAUUUGUCAGAUUCUGCUGUUCUCAAUGGCAAGAUAAAGUGCAGGGGUUCCCCCCACCUUCCCAGGUAUCCCUUGUGGACAGCUAACCUGCUUGGAACUGUUUGAUGAUGACUGGGAGGAGGCAGAGGGUCUGGUUAUCUGUGGUGGGAUGGUCCUUGGGGCGAAGGUAUGAGAAAGAAGGAGCAGCAAGCCUGGCUUUCAAAGAGUGAAAGAGAUGGGGGCUUUCAGGUGUGUUCUUUAUGUGACACAUGCACGUGGUAGCUCAGAUAGGAAAGGCUGGACCAUGAAGAGCAAGGCUCUGUCUGCUCACUUGACCCUCAGAUUCUCCCUGGAGACAGUAUCCAUCCUGCAUGCCCACACACAUCCAGUCUCCUGUUUCUGCUUGUUUCUCAACCUGUCUUGGAACCUGUUUCUGAAUAGCUUGUAUGGGUCUACUUUAUUCUCAACAAACAGAGCAUUUAAUUGAUUGGAUGUAUUAUUUAACAUAACAUUUGCAUUUCUAACUUGAAAAACGCUGUGAUGAAUGUGUGUGUUUACUGUCUUGGCUCUUUAUAUAGUACA